UGUAGGAAAGACCAGGGUCUUGAUCAUCCAAGAUAUUGGCAAAUUCGGCGUCCGCACAUGCCGGAUUAUCGCGAAGGCGUUGUAGUUGGUGAGAUGUUGACGCCCACCGUUGCUGAAGUUCUUUUCUUGUGCUACGAUAAAGGACCUUGGAGCCAAAAGCGAAAGAGAUACCCUGCUUUGAUGCCUCAGGCACUCGCCCGAUUUUGUUGACCAUUCCUGCCGGUGGUCCACAAGUGGCGAAGCAGCGUUUGAAUUCGAUUUCAUCCUUCUUCCUAACCUGGAAAACAGCACCAAGCUCUUCGUUGAACAAUGUCUCAAUAACGUCUCUGGUAUCACCAGAGCGGGAGAUACCGUCCAACAUGAUCUCCAUCCCACAUCGUCCGGCAAACAUCAUUUCGACCAGCGUCGUGAAGAGUCCACCAUCUGAUCGAUCGUGGUACGCGAGCACAAUUCCGGAUUCAUGGAGUUGCUCGAUGGCAUCAAAGUAGUUCCUGAUAUCUUCCGCAUCCCGGACAUCGGGCGCUUCGUCACCGACUUGACCGAAUGUCUGUGCCAAUGCAGAACCACCCAUGUUUUUCUUGCCAAUGGCCAGAUCCACGAACAUCAAUACUGUUUCUCCAACAUCCUCAAAGCGCUCAAGAGCUGGGGUCCAGGUACGGUCGGUAUAAUUGACGGGAGCGAAGGCCGUGAUGACAAGUGACAUGGGCGCCGUCACUUCCUUGGCCUCAUGCGUAUCGUGGUCUUUCCAUUUCAUCUUCAUACUCAUGGAGUCCUUACCAACAGGUAUGGAUAUACCAAGUUUAGGGCAAAGGUCCAUACCGAUGGCCUCGACUGCUUCGUACAGCGCUGCGCCUUCGCCUGGAUGACUGCUAGCGGACAUCCAAUUCGCGGAUAAACGAACUCUGGACAGUCUAUCAAAUGUACUGGCCGCCGCCAGGUUCAUAAGAGACUCUGCUACCGCCAUUCUGGCAGAAGCUGCAGGAGAAAUCAGCGCGAGCGUUGGCUUCUCACCCAUCGCCAUGGCUUCGCCAGUUCUGACGCCGGAUAGUAGAGAGGUUGCCGUAACAGAGACAUCUGCAACAGUACGGUCGCCAAUGGUAAUCAGGAAUGACUUGGACCCGACCGAAGGCAGAGUAAGAACGCGGUCUACUGCUUCGUGUAAUAGAUUUUCCUUCGGUGUAUCCGGCAGAUACAUUGACAGGCUGCUAUCGAAUACUGGCAGCCGAAGCUUCCGUGAGUCGACAAUCCGAGACAUCUUUGGGGGCUUUCCAAAAAGAAUUGGCAUAGGUAGAUCUAUGGGCGUUGAGGUACCCUUGGCUUCGCUAUCCUUGAGGAUGAGACGCUGCUCUUGCGUUGCAGUGCCAACUACAGAGUAGCCGCAGCGUUCUCGGUGGCAUAUCCGCUUGAAUAAUUCCAGAUCAUCAGGACCUACGGCAAGGACGUAACGCUCCUGCGACUCAUUGCACCAUAUCUGUAGUGGACUCAUUCCCCUGUCUACACUGUCGAUGUUCCGGAGUUCGAAGAUGGCACCGAGACCAGAGUCAUGUACCAAUUCUGGCAGGGCAUUGGACAAUCCACCAGCUCCCACAUCAUGGAUGAACAGGAUGGGAUUCUGGUCGCCCAUGGAUCGGCAGGCAUCUAUAACCUCCUGAGCUCUUCUCUGAACCUCGGGAUUACCUCUUUGUACACUAGCAAAAUCGAGUUCCACCUUGCCUUCUCCCGACUGCACACUGGAUGCAGCACCUCCACCGAGACCAAUCAGCAUUGCCGGACCGCCAAUCACGAGCAAGUGUGAGCCAGGAGGUACAAUGUCGGGGUUUUUAAGCGCGUGCUGUGGCCUAACGGUUCCAACACCGCCCGCCAGCAUAAUUGGCUUGUGAUAGCCACGAACUUCCGUAUCCUUCUCGUUUGUGAACACGCGUGUGAGUAAGGUCCUGAAAUAACCGGUGGUACAAGGACGACCGAAUUCGUUGUUGAACGCCGCACUGCCGAUAGGCGCUUCAAGCAUGAUGUCCAGACUGCUUGCAAUAUGUGACGGUUUCCCGACGUCUUUCAGCUCCCACGGGCGAUCGAAACCGGGGAUAAGAAGAUCGGAUACAGUGAAACCUGAUAGGCCUGCUUUUGGACGAGAACCUCGUCCUACUGCGCCUUCGUCUCGUAUUUCACCUCCAGAGCCGGUAGCAGCACCCGGGAAAGGUGAUACAGCAGUGGGAUGGUUAUGUGUUUCGACUUUACACAGAAUGUGAACAGUCUCCUUGGUACCAUUCCAUUCUCCGGUGAUUUGACUGGGUGACCAGAAACUUGCCUCUUCUCCAUUAAGAACAGCUGCAUUGUCGCUGUAAGCACUAACAACAUGUUGGGGAUGUUUCUGGUGGGUAUUGCGAAUCAUGCCAAAUAGCGAGUGUCCCUUGCGCAUGCCAUCAAUUGUGAAGUCGGCGUUGAAUUGCUUGUGCCUGCAGUGUUCCGAAUUGACCUGUGCAAACAUGAACAACUCGACAUCUACAGGACCUCUCUUCAGUUCCUGUGUAUAUGCUUCGACCAAAUAUUCAAUCUCUGAAUUGUCCAUAGCCAGGCCAAGUUCCUCAUUGGCAUGGGCCAAUGCCGCGUGAGGACUGCUGUACUCCUCGAAGCUCAAGGUAGUCGCUUGUGCAGGCUCGCUUUCGCCGAAAAUCAAAUCAAGAUUAGGGCUGCUGCGACUUAUUGUUUGGGUCAUUCGAUCGUAAAGAGCAUCCGGGUUGGGAAUUUCGUUUGGUGCAAGAUCUUUCUCAAAAGUAGCAGCCAGCACCAUGCCACGCUCGAUGCGCUUAACCGAGUCCUCGAGCGUGCAGGUUCGCGCGAUCAUAGUAGCAAGUGAGCUCCAUGGCGAUAUUGUUCCUGGACGUGGGCAUACGUAAAAGAGGACGGUAUCAUUAUCGCGAGGGGUGCCGUUCCGAUGGAUUGCGUCGAGUAGAGUUUGUGACAGCCUGUCUUGGAGAUCCGGGUACUCGCCAUAAUGCAAGAUUUGCUCCAGCGUCUUCGUCUCGGCGGCGUUCAAUUCUUGUAGAGGGUUGACAUAGUGCAUCCACACUGCGCGCACACUCUUCGCUCCAAUGGCUUGGGCAAGACGCUGCAAGCGGAACUCGGAGAAGGCAGAGGAGCCAGGAAGAACCAAGUAGGGACUCUCACCAGACGCCAUGGUGAUUGCUGAGCGGUGACUGGAUGUAAAAGGCGUCACACCUACGAUUUGAGGAAAUACAUCGGAGCGGCGCGGGGCAAAAAAUUUUGGGUCAAGAGUUUGGAGGGGCUGUGGCGCAUGUGGCGCACA